GCUGAAUGAUAUUACGAACUACGGCGGCAAAGAGCUCAAGAGCCCUCCACACCUCACACCACAGGCCUGCUGCUAGAUUUCUUCUCAAAUACAUCGUCUCUGUGGUUUAUAGUUUCUACCGCUAAUGGCGAGAUUAGUGUUGCGCUCUCCAUCCCUAGCGCUCAAUCCCUCUCUCAUUUUCCGAUGCCCAAACCUUCUGAAGACCUCGCACCCAAUGCUCGUCGUCAGGCGGCGCUUCUCAGCCGCAAGGAUUAGCAUGAGCUUGAGAGCCGGCAUUGUUGGCCUACCCAACGUCGGCAAGUCCACACUCUUCAACGCCGUCGUUGAAAAUGGAAAAGCUCAGGCUGCGAAUUUUCCCUUCUGCACAAUAGAACCAAAUGUUGGGAUCGUUGCAGUUCCCGAUCCACGUCUUAAUGUGCUUUCUGAGCUCAGCAAAUCUCAACGAGCAGUCCCAGCAUCUAUAGAGUUUGUUGAUAUUGCAGGUCUCGUGAAGGGAGCUAGUCAAGGGGAGGGUUUGGGCAAUAAAUUCUUGUCACAUAUUCGUGAAGUGGACUCUAUUCUCCAGGUGGUGCGGUGUUUUGAAGAUAACGAUAUCAUUCAUGUGAAUGAUAAAGUUGAUCCGAAAUCUGACAUUGACGUCAUCAAUUUAGAAUUGGUCUUCUCAGAUUUAGAUCAGGUAGAGAAAAGAAUGGAUAAACUCAAGAAGGGUAAAGCGAAAGACCCACAAUCCAAAAUGAAGCUAUUAUUAUUUGGUAAUGAUCCUGUGUCUCCUGUUGUAAUAUGCUCAUACCAGGAGGAAGCAGAGAAGUCUGCACUGGGAAGAAUCGAGCAGGCACUGAUGGAUGGAAAACCAGCACGAUCAGUUACCUUAACAGAUUUCGAGAAGGAUGCUGUAAGGCACCUCUGUUUACUUACAAUGAAACCUGUCAUAUAUGUAGCAAACGUGGCAGAAUCUGAUCUUGCUGAGCCUGAAAGCAAUUCUCAUGUUAAAGAAGUUAUGAACCUUGCUUCUGAACUGCAGUCUGGAAUGGUAACCGUCUCGGCCCAGGUUGAGGCAGAGCUUACUGAACUUCCUCCAGAGGAAAGAAUUGAGUAUUUGACAUCCCUUGGCGUUAGCGAGAGUGGGCUGGGAAAUCUGAUUAGGGCGACAUACAACCUUCUCGGACUGCGUACUUAUUUCACUUCAGGCGAGAAGGAAACAAAAGCUUGGACCAUACGAUCAGGAAUGACUGCACCUCAAGCAGCUGGUGUUAUACAUUCCGAUUUCGAGAGAGGCUUUAUUAGAGCGGAAACGGUUGCAUAUAAUGAUUUUGUUGCUGCUGGUUCACUUUCGGCUGCGAGAGAGAAGGGGUUGCUGAGAUCAGAGGGAAAAGAGUACGUGGUGCAAGAAGGAGAUGUGAUGCUAUUCCGGUUUAAUGUCUAAAUGACAUGAGGAUAACUGGGCUUCCUAUUGCUUGAUCAAGUUGGUCGAUAUCAAGAGCUUUUGGGAAUUGCAUGAAGACAAAGAUGAAAGAACCUUUCAACAAGAAAGACCGAUUCUUGGUGACUAAGUCCUCAACAUACUGUUUAAGUGUUUAUAAGAUGUGGUUCGACUAAAAUCAAGUAUUCACUUCAAAAGGUUGCUCAUUCAUACUUGCAAAUAGGGAACAUUUUUAUUUAAACUUCUAUCCAGAUGAGGGAUUGUCUGUAGUAGUUUCUUCCUGCCAUUUGAAGUUAUGUUUAGUCUUACACAUUUUUGGUUGAGAUGCAUUGUUUUAUCAGGCCACUAGCAUGUUUAGUCUUACACAUUUUUUUAUAUAUUAAUUAUAAAAAAUCAAAUCUGAA